CGCGGGUUGUAGUAUCGCGCUUGCUGUGUAUUCGAGGGCCUCUUUUAAGUAAGAAGUAAUCAAUACUCCAUCAACCCAUUCGGCAGAGGACAUCAAUCAACUAAUAGCAGCAACGGCAAUAAUCGUUUUCUUCUCUUGGAGGACCACAAGCUCGUUAUCGUUUCUCUUUCAGUUGCAGGAAAUGGGCCAAUCGCUUUAGUCUUGUAGAAAUGAUAAACGGAUAAAUGUAUUGCCAUCAUCACAUAGAUACAAUCCAGUUAUCGAGACCACACAAGAACACAGCAAUUUGCUCCUUUCGUUGGCGUUAGGUUCUGUGCAGAAUCAAAUUCGAACAGUGGUAUAAUUCUGUGCGGACUGCGAGGCAGAACAUUCUUCUACCAGAGAAAACGAGAUGCCAUCCUCUGGCCGAAAGCAACGGCAUUUGCGGAAGCAGCAGAAAAAAGUCGCGGACAACUCUCGAAGCAACUAUAUGGACGAUGACGAUAGUUACGAGGAUACUUCCAGUGCUGCGGUCCUAAAGAAUUAUACUGRUGUUUCUCCCAAACCGUACCACGAUGAUCCUGCCGCAACCGUGCCGCCGCCGCCCCCACCCUUUCCUGCCGCCCAUGAUGGUCUUGGAUCGUUCCAGCACCGAAGCAUUUCCGAUGUAACCAUGGAAGAUCACACAGAUCGGAGCGUCUUUGAAUACUCUGAUACGAGCGACGACGCAGAUGCGUACUUUAUGCCACAAAACGAUGGUCAGUUUCAAAACUCACCACCGAGCCUGCUUGACAACUUUUAUCUGAUGGGGAAAAACCAUCCUUCUUCGGCAACUUACAACAACGAUGGAGGUAGUAUCAACAAACAAUAUGCAUCAUCUGGAAAAGCAAAAACGAACCACCAUUAUAAGAAAAAUUACAAYCCUCACGAUCACAGCAACAGGAGUGGCAGCAGUGGAGAGUCUGCCUUUCGAGACUUGAAGAAAAAUGGGAGCAAGUCAACAAAAAUAGUCAGAUUCUCUCCCAGGCGAUCUGGCGAGUGCGAGGAACAUGGAUUUCGAGACGACGACGAAGAAAGUACGAUCAUUAGUAGGAUCAUGUCAACGAGUCCCGCGUCGACGACAGAUUCCGAAACGAAAGGCGAGAAUAACCCGUUGCUCGGGGGUUUUAUGAAACACGUGGCCAACGUUUUCAACACCCCCACUGGACUCGAAACCACGAGACGGUCGUCUCGAAUAAACACCAAAAAGAAUUCCGAAUCAUCCACCGGGCACAGACGCAAAGACUCUCAUAUGGUCACAGAAUACCCUUAUCUGAUGGUCAAUAUGAGGAAUACCUCGUCGGGUUCGUCCGCUUUAAAAGACCUAAACAGAAAUUCGCUAGAAAAUAGUCCUCUUCUUCCCACAGCACAAAGGCAAUCCAUUUAUGGUGCAGGUCAAGAUAUAGCAACACCGGAGUAUUAUCGGACAAUUCAGACCGCGACAACAUCCGCAUCAGUAAACUCCAAUAAAAUACCGAAGCCRGAGGCAWUGGAGAGGAUGCACAGCGAAAAUAGUUACAGCGCCAUCGACAACAACUCCGGCAAUCCGAUGSUAGAAUCAUCGCGUCGUCCAUCCGUCGUGAGAAGUCGAUUGAAGGCUGCCCARGUCGCUGCGUACUUUUUGAUGGAUUACGAAGCAAGCCGUGUCACAUCACUCCCUUGCACGUUUGAAACAAUCACKUCAAAUCAACUGSUGAUGUACAAGAUUUACUUUUCGUGGCAAUGGAGAUACUUUGUCAACUUGGCUAUCAUCCUUUUGUUCCUUUCACAUACGCGUGAUACGCUGACAACUGCUAUUAUGACCACCCUCGUCAUUGCAGUUCUUGSUGUUGAAAUACACAUUCGAGAGAGGAUGUAUGGAACGGAUGCACGAACCGAUACAAAGCACUUAGAUAGAAGGCUGGUCCGAUCGAUGGUGGCGUUCCUGUUCAUUCUUGGCCUAGAAACUUGGAUGUGGUAUKUCAUUUCCCCCGAAAUGGCGAUGUACGAACCUUCGAAUCCUCCCCUAUUCUCUUCUUUUUUCAAGCCCUUGGUACUAUUCUACGUUAGUGCUAAGGCCAGAGACUCAUUGGAAGCAAUUUUCAGGAUUAGCCAAAUCGUGAUUCGGAUWCUUCUCCUUGAAUUUUUCAUUAUUUUGAUUUUUGCCUCCGUGGGAAAUCGCGUAUUUGGAAAAGAUUUUGACGACUUUAURGAUCUUCAAACAUCUUGGCUUUCUUUAUUCAAACGUAAGUURGUUGGRCGUAUUGGGUUUCCUGUUAGAACGCAAUGCUGGAUCCAACCUGAAAUACGUUGAAAUGACCUAACAUUUAUCGAACUCUACGCACCCAUCCUUUAUUGCUUGUGUACAGUAUCCACUACGGUGAACAACCCUAGUCUUUGGAUGCCCAUCUAUGCGAAGGCCGCAUCAAAUUCCAUCUUUUUUGUAGUUUUUAUCAUCACGUGUGUGUUUUACUACCACUCGYUGGUUCUUUCCGUGGUAUUUCAAACGUACAUCCAAGCGAUUACAGAUAUCCAUGAACGGACAGCCUCGGAUCGAAAUGAUGCGAUUCGGUUGGCAUUCCUAGCGUUGUUGAAAGACGGCCAAUCAGAGUACAUCAGCACAUCAAGCGUAAGAAAAUGCUUGCAGGUGGUCCGGCCGCAUUACAACAGCCUGAAAAUGAAUGCACUGCUGGAAAUCUUUGACCCUACAAAUGAGAACAUCAUUGAUUAUCCAACAUUUCGGAAUAAGAUUCGCCGGGCCUUAAAUUCUUCUGUUCGAACAGCUCGAACAGCGACUCCYUUGGCAAUGGGUGUGGAAUUCAUUGCGGUGUUUGUUGCUGCUACGAACUGUUUUUAUGUGACUGGCAAAGCUCUUUACGGAAGAAAUGAUCUUGGGUUCGAAACUCAUGGUUAUGUUGGGUCUGCAAUUACCCUUUUCGGCCUUCUGGAGUUGACGAUCMGAUUCAACCCCCUUAAAAUCCCCAAUUUUGCUCCAAUUACAAGACUGGACGUCUUUUUUGACGGCAUGGCACUCCUUGCAGCGUUGAUUUCRUGCUAUGGCAUYAUUCAGUACGCYAUGGGAYACGAAACACUGAUUGAAAGCGGAGAUAUGUUUGACUACCUACGUCUGGGAAGAGACAUCGAUAUGAUCMGAGUGCUACGCUUCUCCCCAAUCUUCCGUGACAUUGUGCGAAGAAGCUCUGAUGUCCUACCCACACUAGCCGGACCUAUGAUGCUAUUCCUCUCGGUGAUCCACACAUUUGUUUAUGUCGGGAUUGUACUCUGGGAUGGCGCUAUCGACGUGGCACUUUUGAGCAAAAACGAAGCCUUGACGCCUCUAUAUUGCCUGAACAAUUUUAAUUCGUAUACAGGAGGCUUGAUUACGAUGUUUAAUGUUGCGGUGGUCAAUGACUGGCACGCCAUUGCGGAAGUUUACACACAGGCCGAACGCAACAACAGCGAUGCGAUUGUUUACUCGUUUUUUGUUUCUGCGAUAUGUUUCAUUGUGUAYAUUAUGAUAAAUGUGAUMAUCGCAUUUUUCGUGGAAAGURAGUAUUCAUCUGUGAUCUCUGRGAAAAUGUAAUCAACCUUUGYCUUCSGAACGAAUCAAUGCUAACCACUUUUGAUACAACUCUUUUUCCAACAACAACUUCAAAUUACCCUCGUUUUCAGCUUUCGUCACGAAAACGAACGAACCCGCAGACGAGAGYAACCCAGCGGAAGAAACCACAGCGAACCUCAAUAACAGUUUCAGAAUUCAGAACAGCGAAAAUACCAACGUGAGGCGCAUUCGCAGCUGCGACAAAUUUUMUUUUUCSGAUGAAGACGCCGAGGACGAGGCCCUGCUGGACCAGAAUGCCUCGGUGAUUUCGGCAACAAGCAGCACAWACUCGGAGGUGUUUGCCGCCUUUGACAUUUACGAGCGAGAGGGGUUCGAUCAGAUCAUGCGCACGGUCGCCGGUUCUUCCGACGACGAGCAGGAAGCCUUUGCCCGGAGCGUUUGCAACUACCUGGARCGUUUCGAAAGCCUGACCUUCGGCCGGGAAAAGGUCGGAUACAUGGUGUGCUGCCAGCAGAGCAUGAAUCGGUUUGGCAACCGGCGGUUCCAGACGUCCGCGAGGUCCUUUCUGACCGAAGAAAUGCUSCACAAGGUCGUGAGCGACAUGCAUGCGGAGCUGUUGGUGCUCACCAGCACCCGGAAGAACAGUUUCGGAAACCGGUGCCUGGUUCGGACCUUUCCGGAAACAUCCGGAACAACGUCUCAGCACCUGGAGAUUGCUGCGACCUUGCUGCGCCACCAGCCCGCCGCAACGCUAUUUUCGUCGAGGAUUCGACCGAACAAGGCURCCGGCGACAAAUGACCRUUAUUCACACGAAACAGAACCAGUGCAUCAGGAUAGAUAUUCAUAAAUCAUGUAAUAAUU